AUGGCUGCUGGCCCGCUCUGUCCUGCAUCCUCUCACAACUGCCACACUUCCUGUGCCGCCAUUAAUCUUCCCUCACUACUCCUGCAGCACAACUUUAUUAAAACAACUCAAGAGAGAGCCAACAACAAGCACGCCGCAGCUGUCAGGAGCAAAAGACAGAACCAUCCGUCCACACGAGAAGGGGCCCGCAUUUUGAGACGCAUCUGUAAAACAACUGGAGUAAGGAUACAGUCGGGCUUUGAAGAGCUCGCCGCCGAAGUGGUGGAGGAGGCGCGGUAA